AUGCUCACGCAAGCUUUUGUCAAUCUACUUCCUUUAGCAGGGAUCAUCGCCACCAGCAAUGGCGCAGCCAUAUCCCGCGACAUGGGCACGAUUAAUCUAGUAGCUACCUACGAUGUUUUACAGCAGUGGUAUAAUCACUCAAAUGGUCUGUGGAUACCAAGUACUGGGUGGUGGAAUAGCGCCAAUUGUCUCACUGUGGUUGCUGGUGUGGCAAGCGUAGACAACAACAUGAAAGAACAGAUCGAAGAUGUAAUUUCGGAGACUUUCGUCAAAGCGCCUCAUUACAGCCCAGAGAUGGCGAAAGUGAUGGGGAUGGAGGAUGAGCGAUAUCUGAUACAAACAUAUUACGGUGACCGGUGGCCUUAUCCUCCUCCAGCAUAUCUGCAGCAUCACGGUCGACCGCACCGGAAGACCUUAAAAAAUUUCUUGAACGAUUACUAUGAUGACGAAGGAUGGUGGGCUCUUGGUUGGAUAGCUGCAUAUGACCUGACGCACGACUACCGUUACCUCAGACAAGCAAGGAUAAUUUUCGAAGACAUGUAUUCUGCCUUCGGAAAAACUAACUGCAGUAAAAAUAGCGGAGGCGUUGGCGGAAUAUGGUGGGACAAAAAUCACACGUACGUAAACGCCAUCGCCAACGAGCUCUUUUUCAGCACCGCAGCCUCCCUCGCCAAUCGCGCAAGGCGACCAUACGGGGGCCCAACGUACUUGGACAUCGCAAAGCAGCAAUUAUCCUGGUUCCGAGGGACUGGUAUGAUUGCCAGCAACUUCACAAUUAACGACGGUCUGCUACAACAGACUUGUGAAAACAACGGAGGCACGAUUUGGACAUACAACCAAGGUGUCAUUCUCGGUGGCCUUGUGGAGCUCAACAAAGCAACACGCAACAGGUUCUACAUUGACCUGGCCCACAACAUUGCCACUGCAGCCAUCGCCACCCGUGCCAAGCAGGGCAUUUUGGAAGAUCCAUGCGAGCCUAAUUGUGGCGCAGAUGGCUCGCAGUUCAAAGGCAUCUUCGUGAGGAACUUGCUUGUCCUGUACAAAGCAAGCCCAAGGGAUGCUUAUAGAGACUUAUUCAAGCGAAAUGCGGAAAGUAUCUGGGAAAAUGAUCGGAACGAGAAAAACGAGUUAUCGGUCAGUUGGACCGGGCCCUUCAUACGUCCUGCAAACGCGUCAACACAGAGCUCUGCGAUGGAUAGCUUGAUCGCGGCGGUAGCGGUACAGGGGAGUUAA